AUGGCCGAACUUGUUAUCAACACUUGUCUGAAUUAUCAUGCGUUGGUGGUACUUGCCCUCAGCAUCUUCAUAUUGUUGUCUGAAUCGCCCUCACCGGCAAAUGCGGCUUCAGUUCAGUACAAUGUCGUCUCUCUUGGUGCGAAAGCCGAUGGCAAGACCGACUCCAGCAAGGCCUUCCAGAGCGCAUGGGCGUCAGCGUGCGGGUCCACGAGGGCCGCCUCUGUGUACGUCCCGCAGGGCCGUUUCUUGGUGAAGUCCGCCUCCUUCAACGGGCCAUGCAAGAACUCGGCCAUCACAGUGCGCAUCGACGGCACACUCGUCGCCCCUUCCAACUACAACGUGAAUGGGAAUGCGAGGAGAUGGAUCGUGUUCAGGCACGUGACCGGGGUGUCCAUGAUUGGGGGGACCCUCGACGGGCAGGGCACAGGCCUCUGGGCUUGCAAGCUCUCCCACAAGAGCUGCCCUAUCGGCGCUACGAACUUAUUAAUCAGUAACUCCCAGAACAUAUUGGUGAGGGGACUCCGCUCCCUCAAUAGCCAGAUGUUCCACAUCGUCAUCAACGGUUGCCAGAACGUGAAGAUGCAAGGCGUAAAGGUAUCGGCCUCCGGGACCAGCCCCAACACUGAUGGCAUCCACGUCGGCGCCUCCACCGGCGUCACCAUCCUCAAUUCCAAGAUUGGGACAGGCGAUGACUGUGUCUCCAUCGGCCCCGGCAGCAAUAAUCUUUGGAUCGAAAAUGUCGCUUGCGGACCCGGACACGGCAUCAGCAUUGGGAGCUUGGGCAAAACUCAACAAGAGGAUGGUGUCCAGAAUGUGACGGUUAAGACGGUCACAUUCACCGGCACGCAAAAUGGAGUGAGGAUCAAGUCAUGGGGCAGGCCGAGCAACGGCUUUGCGAGGAACAUCCUCUUCCAGCAUGCCAUCAUGAACAAUGUCCAAAACCCGAUCAUCAUCGAUCAGAAUUAUUGUCCGCACAACUCCGGUUGCCCCGGUCAGGCUUCAGGCGUAAGAGUGAGCGAUGUGACGUACCAAGACAUCCACGGGACAUCGGCAACCUCAGUGGCCGUGAAGUUCGACUGCAGCUCGAAGUACCCCUGCACCGGAAUAAGAAUGCAAGACGUGAAGUUGACUUACCGGAACAAGGUGGCCACUGCAUCUUGUGCCCAUGCUGAUGGCACAGCUUCUGGCUUGGUACAGCCAUCCAGUUGCUUGUAG